UGUGCAGCUGUGACUGGGGCAUGUCAGUGGCAUUAUGUGUAUUAUAAUGGAUGAGGAAGACCUUGUGGUCCCCAGUGAGAGUCACGAGAUGCAUAAAACCUGCUUGCACUCCUGAUGCUGCCACCACUCUUUCACAAAUGUUGGGAUGUGCAUUUGUGGCCCUGGAUUUGGAGGGUGAUUACCAUUUUUCACACAACAGUGCGCUGCUUAGGAAAGAUUUCUUUUGCCCCUGUAAGUCUUGAGGCAAAAAAGGGAGCGCCAACAAGAGGAACACACACACACACAUACACGAACUGAAAACAAUUAUACAGUAUAUAAUACGGACCCUAAACUUCAUUAGAAUGACUUCUCAGACAAGGAGUGGUAAGUCUGAAUUGACAAAUUGUAUAUUUCUGUGAUGAUAAUGAUCAUUUUCUCUUUCCAGGUUCGCCGCUGUCUCAAAGCUGUAAAUUACCUACGAUGGGUUGCACAAACUGUCCAUCGUUAUCAAGCAAUAGGGUCACAUCAGUCAAUAAGGUCAGAGUUCAGCUGGAGAUGCAUGCACUUUGGCAGCAGUUUGAUGAGCUAGGUACCGAAAUGAUCGUCACCAAAGCCGGGAGAAGGAUGUUUCCAACAUUCCAGGUGCGAAUCUUCGGAAUGGAUCCCGCUGCUGAAUAUGUUCUGCUUAUGGAUUUUAUUCCUGUCGAUGAUAAAAGAUACAGAUAUGCGUUCCACAGCUCAUCCUGGUUGGUGGCAGGUCGAGCUGACAUUUCGGCACCAAGUCGAAUGCACUUCCACCCAGACUCACCAGCUCGUGGAGCCCAGUGGAUGAAGCAGACUGUAUCCUUUGACACUCUCAAGCUGACCAACAACCUGCUUGAUGACAAUGGACAUAUGAUACUGAAUUCUAUGCAUCGGUACCAGCCACGUUUCCAUGUAGUGUAUGUGGAUACAACACCCAACAGCCAUUUAAAUGCAGACAGAAACUUUUGCUCCUUCUCCUUCCCCGAGACACGCUUCAUGGCAGUCACUGCCUAUCAAAACCACAGGAUCACUCAGCUGAAGAUAGCCAGCAAUCCAUUUGCUAAAGGCUUCAGAACAACAGACACACAGGAUUGGGGAAACAUUUCCAAGCCUCUUGGCGUGUGGUAUCCACCAGAGGAUGUGACUUCGCGCAGUAUCACAAACGCAGUAAGGGAAAGGGACUUAAAAGAGUCAACGGCACCGCAGGCGACCUCGCAUCAGAGUGGACAGUUUUGCAACUUUACAGAUGCAAUGGUAGCAAGCAACAAUGUAAACAUUGCUCUUAGAACUCCAGCUUCCUUCCACAACCGUUUACCGUCUUACUGGGAAUGUGUCGGAUCAUCUCAGAGCAACAACGUGUUGUAGAGAGAGUUUUCAGUUGGAACUUGGCCUAUAUCCUGCAAGCAUUAUAAUUCAGCUGUAUUGCAUCAUCGUAUUGCUGUGACCAGUACUGGGAAAUGGCAAGAUAUAAAUACAUACUACAGUUCUA